AUGAGCUCCAACCGAUUCGGCCACUUUGCUGCCUCAUCUUCGUCGAGGGGCUCUCCGUCAACCAGCAGUGGUGGUCGCCAGAUUGCUGAGCGACUCAUGCUACACUCUUUUUCUCUCGCAGAGAUGGAUGGUUCGGGACAUUUUAUUGCUACGGCGCUGAACAUUGCGCUGGAGCUCCUUGAAUCAGCAGCCGGUCAAAAUGUGCUCCGAGACCUCGGCACGAGCGUUGUUCGCGCAUGGCGGGCAACGGGCUCGGAAGGCUCGGAUCCGUUUGAUGGCGACGAGGCGUACAUGAGUAGCUACGUCCGAUACUUUGUCCAGCAGAUGAGACUCUACGUUCCGUGGGUGACAAUCGACCCGGGCAUCACCAGCUUGGAUGUCAUCGCGCAUAUCGAGACAUAUUCGUCUGUCGAAAGCCAGUUGGAUGCGUUCAUCCCAAGGGCAUCAUGCCACUUCUCCAUCAACCCUCUGAUUGUGGAAUCCAUGCUUGUGAACGAUACUCGGCUGUGGCAGCCGACAGUACGUGGUGCAUCCUCGGCUGAAGAAGACAGACUGAAAAGAAAGGCGAAACACAACUACGACACCUUUCUUUUCAUCUUCGGGGUUGCCUUUUUCCACGAGUCGUGCCACGCGUUCACAACUUACCUGGCCGGCAGCGACGCUUCGAGUACCCCCCCGGCAGUGACGUACCUUACGUACCAUGAAACACAAUCGGAGGACGACGACGAAGGGGCACGCAACGCAACGGGUGAAAGCGGUCGCUGGGCAGAGCGCCAGCUUCUUGGUGGCAGCCUGGAACUGUAUCGUGAUGUCGACGACGACAACGUCCAGCCCGGCGUGCCGUUUCUGUUGGAUGACGCUGCCACGGCGUGGCCAGUCAAGAGCGAUGCCAUCCACGCGUUUAUAAGCAAUGUUCAGCACUGCCGCUUUCCUCUUCGCACUGGCAAGGACAAGCUGACGGAGCAGGACAGAAUCACGUACGGCAUUGCGUCGCUGGGAUCCACCGACACGGUUCCUGCCCAAGCAUCCCAUCGAACCAUGGCGGCACUUCGGCAGGUUGGACAGCUCCCGGCGUACAAUAUCAUGACCCGCCUCGCCGUCGUCAGCGUCGUCGCCACUCUUUCGUCGUGCGGCCCGGGCGUGUACGGCGGGUCCGGCUUCAGUGUCACGGACACUGUGACAAUCACCGCCGUGGGGCUGCCCGCGGCGGCCGGCAGUGUCGUGGGCGGGAGGGUUUUGACAAUGGUCGUCGAGGGCGGCCCGGGGGCUGGUGCUGUCGACGUCGGCGGUGCCGAUGGCUCGUCGUCGUUGACGGGCAGCGUGUAUGGUCCGCAGACCGCCCCGGCCGUCAAGACGCCUGUGCCCCACCCGGCCGGCACCGUCCCGCCAGCGCCGAUGCCGGCCGUCAGCCAGGGCGGACCCCGGAAGGGCGGGCGGAAGGGUCGGCCUGGGACGGCAGCGAUGGCUGGCGGCAUCGUGGCGGCGACCGCUGUGGGUCUUGCGUCGACGGGCGUGCCGGUCAGCGUGACGGUGACACCGGAAUGGGGAGAGCCGGCGGCAUUGUAUGCUGGAGUGGCGGCCGCGGCGGCCGCCCAGAGGUCGUCGAGCUGCUGCGGGCUGUAUUCGACGUCGGCAAGGGGGCUGGCGCAAACCGAACCAAACACGGACAGCAAGGCAGCGGCGACGGCCGCGGUCGAAUAG